GACCGGACCGGACCGGACCGGACCCGCCCCGCCCCGCCUGAUAACAGCUGCAGGUUAAAGUCCCUGCUCGUCUCGCUGUGUGCCUGAUUGAACUGAUCCUCUUCUUUUCCUUCGCUGCUGAAACUUUGGCCUCGGAUCGAUCGAUCAUCUCUGCAGGAAAAAUGUCCACAGCUGGGAAGGUCAUCCGGUGCAGGGCGGCGGUGUCCUGGGCGCCCAACACGCCGGCCGCCAUGGAGGAGAUCGAGGUGGCUCCUCCUGAGGCCGGUGAGGUCCGCAUCAAGAUAGUGGCGACCUCGGUGUGCCACUCGGACCUGUACCACCUGCUGGAGAGCAUGACUGCAGACGGCUUCCCCACGGUCCUGGGCCACGAGGGCGCCGGCAUCGUGGAGAGUGUCGGACCGGGAGUCACAGAGUUUCAGCCCGGAGACAAGGUGAUUCCUCUUUUCCUCUGCCAGUGUAAAGAAUGUCGGUUCUGUAAGAGUCCGAGGACCAACCAGUGUGAGAGAGCAUGGACCAGAAUUCGCCAAGAGAUUAUGGCCGGCGUGGAAUCCAGGUUCACCUGUAAGGGGAAGAGGGUCCACCAGUUCAUGGGAACCAGCACCUUCUCUGAGUACACCGUCAUCAACCAGAUCGCUGUGACCAGGAUCGACCCCGCGGCUCCUCUGGACAAGGUCUGCCUGCUGGGCUGCGGGAUCUGCACCGGCUACGGCGCCGCGGUGAACACCGCCAAGGUGGAAGCGGGCUCCAGCUGCGCCGUGUUCGGUCUGGGAGCCGUGGGCCUGGCCGCGGUCAUGGGCUGCAGGGCGGCGGGAGCCAGCAGGAUCAUCGCCGUCGACAUCAACCCGGACAAAGCGGAGAAGGCCAAAGAGUUGGGCGCCACCGACUUCCUGAACCCAAAGGACCACAGCCGGCCCGUCCAUGAGGUCAUCUCUGAGAUGACCGGAGGAGGGGUGGACUUCUCCCUGGAGUGCGUGGGGAACGUGGAGGUCAUGCGCAGCGCCUUGGAGUCCAGCAUGGAGGCCUGGGGGGUCAGCGUGGUGGUCGGCUGGACCGACAUGUUCGACAUCACCAUCCGACCGCGCCACCUGAUCUGCGGGCGGACCUGGAAGGGCUCCAUGUUUGGAGGGUUUAAAGCCAAGGACGGCGUGGCGGGGAUGGUGAGAUCCUACCUGGAGAAGAAGGUGAAGCUGGACGAGUUCAUCAGCCACAACAUGGAGCUGGACCAGGUCAACGACGCCAUAGAGCUGAUGAAGAACUCCCAAUGCGUCCGGGUCGUCAUGAAGGUUUCUGCCGAGUAGAACCGGAGCCGGUUCUGAUGUUUGGUUUAAUUCUGGGUUUUUAUCCGUCCGUCAGCUUCACUCCGACAGACGUCCUCCGUUUCAGGGUGAUACAGGAAACGAAUGAAGUUAGAUUAAAUUGCCUCAAACAGCCAGAGGAAACCCUGUUUUUCAGUUGGACAGUUGGAGCUGGGAUGGAGGGAGAAGAACCGAGAAACGUCUCGGAAGAAAUGAUUCCGUUAGAAAAUUCAUUUAGUCUUUAAUCAUUAAUAUUCACCUGAAAUGAACCGUUUCCCAGAGAAUGAUUACACAUUAAAAAGAUAAAACAUUGAA